UGAAUGAUUUCCACCUACUUGCAAGCCUUCUCCCUGUCAUUCUCACGCUUCUCCUUUCUCUCUGCCUUCAGCCUUUCCUUUGCCACUCCAUUGUAUCCAUCAAAUCUCUCCACGUGCAUCCACAUCCUCCCUCCAUCCUCCCCUCCCAGCAUACCUUGCUCAUGGAUUCCGGGCCUCUGUGGGAUGCCACCCCCACUCCCUGGGGCACCCUCUCUGCCCCCAAUGCCACAACACCCUGGUUGGGCCGGGAUGAGGAGCUGGCCAAGGUGGAGAUCGGAGUCCUGGCCACUGUCCUGGUGCUGUCCACUGGGGGCAACCUGGCUGUGCUGCUGACCCUGGGCCAGCUGGGCCGCAAGCGCUCCCGCAUGCACCUGUUCGUGCUGCACCUAGCCCUGACAGACCUGGCCGUGGCACUCUUCCAGGUGCUGCCCCAGCUGCUGUGGGACAUCACCUACCGUUUCCAGGGCCCCGACCUCCUGUGCAGGGCCGUCAAGUACCUGCAGGUGCUCAGCAUGUUCGCCUCCACCUACAUGCUGCUGGCCAUGACGCUGGACCGCUACCUGGCUGUCUGUCACCCCCUGCGCAGCCUCCAGCAGCCCGGCCAGUCCACCUACCUGCUCAUCGCUGCUCCCUGGCUGCUGGCCGCCAUCCUCAGCCUUCCUCAAGUCUUCAUUUUUUCCCUGCGGGAGGUAAUCCAGGGCUCAGGGGUGCUGGACUGCUGGGCAGACUUCCGCUUCCCUUGGGGGCUACGGGCCUACCUCACCUGGACCACCCUGGCUAUCUUCGUCCUGCCGGUGACCAUGCUCACGGCCUGCUACAGCCUCAUCUGCCAUGAGAUCUGUAAAAACUUAAAAGUCAAGACACAGGCCUGGCGAGUGGGAGGAGGGGGCUGGAGGACUUGGGACAGGCCCUCACCUUCCGCCUCAGCUGCCACCACUCAGGGGCUGCCAUCUCGGGUCAGCAGCAUCAACACCAUCUCACGGGCCAAGAUCCGAACCGUGAAGAUGACCUUUGUCAUCGUGCUGGCCUACAUCGCUUGCUGGGCUCCCUUCUUCAGUGUCCAGAUGUGGUCCGUGUGGGACGAGAAUGCCCCUAAUGAAGAUUCCACCAAUGUGGCUUUCACCAUCUCCAUGCUUCUGGGAAGCCUCAACAGCUGCUGCAACCCCUGGAUCUACUUGGGCUUCAACAGCCACCUGCUACCGCGGCCCCUGCGUCACCUUGCCUGCUGUGGGGGUCGCCAGCCCAGGAUGUGCCGGCGGCUCUCUGAUGGCAGCCUCUCGAGCCGCCACACCACGCUGCUGACCCACUCCAGCUGCCCGGCCACCCUCAGCCUUAGCCUCAGCCUAACCCUCAGCGGGAGGCCCAGACCUGAAGAGUCACCAAGGGACUUGGAGCCGGUGGAUGGGGAAGCCACCGAGGAGACCAUCAUCUUUUAGGAAAGACUCGCUGGGGUCUGGCAUUGCCCCCAGGACUAGUGGAGGUUCUCUGCCAACCUCAGGCACUGGUCAUGAGAGCUGGGAGGGUGAGGGUUGGAGUUAGAGGAGCCCUGUCUGAAGCGGGGUGAAAAGGCCAGAGUGGGCCCCCUAUCCUGGUGUCAUAGCUGCCCCAAGAGUGAAGGCUGCCUCAUGAGCUCCCAAUCUCAGAUGCUGGCAGUCGGGGAGAAUCAAACUGCCUGUCUCCCUGUUCCUGCCAUAUUCACAGGGUGUCCACACACACAUGGUGUCCCAGAUCUAGGCAGGCCUAGGAUGGUGCCAUCUAGGGAUCCACGGGGGGCAGGAACCCAGAGGUUGGCCUUGUGCUCUGGCUACCUGUCUCCAUUCUAACCUAACUGGCACAUCUCAGCCUAACCAGGAGAGGGAAGAAGUGAAAAACUGUGAAGAGGACUCUAUUUGGAUCCUGGAUUUUUUUUUUUUUUUUUUUGAUAGAGAGAA